AUGCCGGGCAGGGGUGGGAACAGCGGGCGCCCGGGGGGCUCGCGGGCGGACGACCACCGCGGACAGCGGUGGGACAACGCAGGCGGGCGGGGCGGGCAGGAGAAAUACCAUGCGAUCGUGAGUUCCUGUGGCAGCGCUGACCCCGAGGCUGGCUCGGCCUCCUUCCCCGUCGGAUCGCCGGUGCUCUCGAUCCACCCCCCGCCCCCGGGGGCGGCGGACCAGACGCAGCUGCGGCUCGUGGCCGCGGUGCCGUGCGAGGAGGGCCUCACGGACCCCAUCCUCACACGAGAGCCCACCCCGCCACCGCGGCCGGAAACACCGCUGCCGCCGAUGCCGUCAUGGGAGGUGCCGCGCGUCCGGGAUUACUACCGCUACUAUCGGUAUUACCGGCCUUACGCAGCAAGAGAGCUCGUCGCGGGCCCCCCGCGCCGCGACGCGGAGGAGGGCCACCGCGACGAGGCGGACGGCCUCCUCGGCGGCCGCAAGUACGAGGACGACGUCGAGGAGGUGGAGGGCGGCGUCGCCAAGAAGAGCGGGCUGUUCAAGACGCUGAGCAACAUCUUCAUCUCGUUCGUGGGCAGCGGCAUCCUCGGGCUGCCGUUCGCGUUCGCGCAGAGCGGCUGGCUGACGGGCGUGGCCAUGAUGGCGGCCGUCGCGGUCGUGGGCUACCACUGCAUGAUGAUGCUGGUGUGGUGCAAGAAGCACGCGAACCGGCCGUCGGUGCAGACGUUCGCGGAGCUCGCGCGGUUCUCGCACGGCCCGUGGGCGCAGCGCCUCGUCGAGACGCUCCUCGUCAUGAGCCAGGCCGGGUUCUGCGUGGCCUACAUGAUCUUCAUCGGGCAAAACAUGGGCCGCGUGCUCUCCGUGUCCACGCACCUGCCCAUCGCGCUCGCGACGCCCUUCGAGAUGGCGCUCGCGCUCCUGCGGUCGCUCACCGCGCUCGCGCCGUUCUCGAUCGUCGCGGACGUCGCGAACGCCAGCGGGAUCCUGACGGUGCUCUCGCAGGCCUGGGGCGACGUCGGCACCGGACCGAACAUCGCGCCCGUCACGGGGCUGGCGGCGCUGCCGUUCAUGUUCGGGGUCGCGGUGUACUGUUUCGAGGGGAUGUGCAUGGUGCUCCCGCUCGAGGCGUCGACGCGCGACCGCAAGAACUUCCCCAAGGUGCUGGGCGUGGGCAUGACGUUCGUGACCGCGCUCUACAUUGGGUUCGCGCUCGCGGGGUACCUCGCGUUCGGGGACGCGACGGAGGAGAUCGUGACGCUCAACCUCAAGCAGGGCCUCGUCACCGAGUCGGUCAAGGUGUGUUUGUGCGUGGGUUUGUUCUUCACCUUCCCGGUGAUGAUGGUCCCGGUGUACGAGAUCUUCGAGCGCAACCUGAGCGCGAGCACCGCGUUCCGGUCCCGCCUGGACAUGCGCUACUGGCCGAUGGUCUUCCGCGGCAUCCGCGGGCUCACGGUGAUUGGCGUGGCCCUGGUGGCGCUGGUCAUCCCGUCGUUCGGGGCGUUCAUCUCGCUCGUGGGGUCGCUGUGCUGCUGCACGCUCGCGCUGGUGAUGCCGCCGCUCAUCCACCUCAGGCUCUUCGGCGCGGAGCUCUCGCUGGGGGCGCGGUGCCUUGACUACCUGUACGUGGUGCUGGGCGUGGUGGGCGCGGUCGUGGGGACGACGAACUCCGUGAUAGAUAUCCUCGAGGGGAAGCAGAGCGUGCACUGA